AUGAUCUCCAACUUCAAGUUCAUUUUCUUGUUUAGCUUGACUGUGGCUAGCACUUUUGUCUGUCACAGUGAUGCUCGCAUAUUGAAGGAAGAAAAUGGAAUUGCGGAGGAGUUCGGUAUUUUUGAUGAUUUGUCACCUCAAUCGGAUACAUUUGUUCUCUCGGAUGUCCCGAAUACUCUUCUGGACACUCCGGAUGCCCUAGAUACUCCCCCGGAUGCCACGGUUACCCCUAUAAUUCCUCAAUUGCCACCACUACCCCAAUUUCCACCAAUUCCUCAAUUUCCAUUCCCUAUUCCAUUCCCUCCUAUCACCAUUCCCCCCUUCCCUUUCCUUGCACCACCAGCAGCACUUUUGCCUCCAUUCCCUAUUCCAUUCCCUCCAAUCACCAUUCCCCCCAACCCUUUCCUUACACCACCAGCACCUCCUGCUUAA